AUGCCUCCUCGACGCUCUCACAAAAAGUCUCGGGCGGGUUGUCGGAGGUGUAAGAAUAGGAAGAUAAAAUGCGACGAGGUUCACCCACGAUGUGGUAACUGUGCCAAGCACGGCGUUCCUUGCGAUUUCAGCAACCCCGAUGUCCUCGAAGAACUUGCCAUAUCAACUAAUACCAGUACUGAGAGUAUCGGCGCACCUACUCCCUCGCCUGCGCCGACUGUCAACUUCAAUUCUGCUCCAAGAACUCCGCUACCACGCCCACGUGCCCCUUCAAGUCCAGCAAGAGCGCCGCGACCAAAUCCUUCUCCUCCGACUUCCGUCUACUCGCAACCUUCGAUAAGCUCGUCCACCAACACCAUAGACCAUGGCGAACGAAUGCUCGAGCUGCGUUUGAUGCAUCACUACACCAAUGUCACCUCCAAGACGCUCCUGACCAACUCGCCUGCCGCCGAGGAUAUCUGGCAGCGUGCCGUCCCACAGAUGGCCUUCUCUGGCAACGGCAAGACGUACCUCGCCGACGCCAUCUUGUCUGUCGCAGCCCUCCAUCUACGCUCAAUGUCUCCGAAUGACAAAGCGUUGGUCCGCGCUUCACAUGCCUACUCGGCCUCCUCUCUUUCUGCAUUCGGUGCAUCGCUGGGCUCGGGCAUUACGCCCGACAAUGCGGAGGCUCUCUUCCUCACAGCGACGCUCAUUGCUUUCCAAGCCAGUGCCUCGCGCAUCUUUGUCAAGGACGACGGGGAUUCUGCUCCUGGGGAUUCAACGAGUCGAUAUGUGCCGCCCCUCUCCUGGUUCCAUGCUUUUCAAGGCGUUAAGACCGUGGUCGCAAACUCGUGGCAAUGGAUCCACCACAGCGACAUCGUGAAAGUUGUCAUUGAUUCGCAACCUGGUUUCCAACUGAACCUCAACCCGCGCUCGCCUGACUCAUUCUUCGGCCAUAUGCUAGAAGGGCUAAACGAUGAAUUAAUGAAUGAGGAUCCUCGUUUGCUUUCAUCAACCACUCAAGCUUACUCACAUGCUGUCAGCGUGCUCAACUGGGCACAUAAAAACUAUCAUGCAGCUGCCGCACUCACUUUCCCUGCUACUGUUUCGAAGCGCUACGUUGAUCUUGUUGAUGCAAGACGGCCCCGUGCUCUCGCCAUCCUUGCUUGCUUCUUUGCAUUGCUGAAGCGAAUGGAUAACGUAUGGUGGUUGCAAGAUGUGGCUCGUCGAGAGGUCAUGGGCCUGGUCAGCUUAUUCGAGCCCAGAUCUAAGUGGUGGCGGCACCUUGAGUGGCCAAUAAGGAUCGCUUUAUUGGACGGCAGCUCUAUCCCGCAAGACAUCUGGGGCACGGAGCUCGAAGAGCAGGCACCCGAGCAACAGACUGUUGGCUCUAUGACACAGCACAUUGAGAUAUUUGCUGAGAUGCUGCACCAGCAUGCGCAGCCUCCUAUUCCCAUUGCAGACGAGGAUCUCAUCGUUCCGGACUCGCCUGACUGA